AUGGAGUCCCUCCGUGCCAACAAAGCGGUCAUGGCUGAGAAGCCAAUUUCCCAUGAGCUGCAGGAGGUGAUCGAGGCCGUGGAGCUGGCAAAGAGCCGGAAUCUUCCGUUCGUUUGCGGUUAUCAACGCCGAGCGGAUCGCAACUUCCGAGCGCUGAAGCAGCAGCUGGAUGCGGGGGCUGUCGGUAAGAUGAAGGUCGUGAAGACCUGCAGCCGCGACAACCCACUCCCACCGAUCGAAUACCUGCGAACGAGCGGUGGCAUCUUCCACGACAUGCUGAUUCACGACUUUGACAUGCUAAACUUCUUGACCAACGGCGAGGAGCCGGAGUCAGUCACGGCAAUCGGGCAUUGCUACCACCCAGAAAUUCAGCAAAUGAAUGACAUCGACACCUGCGCGGUGAUGUUCAAGUACGAGAACGGUAUGCUUGCCAUGGUGGACACUAGCCGCGAUGCAGCCUACGGCUACGAUCAGCGAAUCGAGGUGUUCGGAGAGAAGGGCAUGCUUACGGCCCACAACGAGCACACGAGCACGGUGGAACUGGCCAAUGCUGCUGGCUACAUGCGGCCACCCGCCAUGUACAGCUUCCCACAGCGCUACAUUCAGGCGUAUCGCUCCGAGCUCACAGAGUUCAUCGAGCUCGUCCGUGCCGGCCAGGGCAGUGAGGCUCAUGCGGCAGAGCAGGUGGCGAUGCUUCGGCACCCAAGCGUAGUUCGCACAACCAUGGCCGCCGAGUUCUCGUGGAAGCUCCGACGCACGGUGCACCUUGCGGAGGUCGACAAGCUCUCUGCGGCGGGGUCUGGCGAUGAGACUAUGAGCACCACGCCCUCGUCCUCAGGGAAGGUGCUAUCUGGCAAGAACAUGUUCGGCGACGGCUUCCGCAACUACGAGAACUCGGCGCGCCAGGAGAAGGUUGCAGCAACGUAUGGCCUGAUGCACCGAAAUCAAACGGUGGAUUUUGUGCGGGCGCAGCAGGAGAAGUGGCUAAAGUUCUCCAAGGGGGAGUUCACGGUCAUGGAGGUGAUUGCCAUGCUCGACGAUCUCGUGGACGACUCGGACCCUGAUGUGGACAUCCCCAACAGCAUUCACGACUUCCAGACUGCCGAGAGAAUUCGUGAGCAGUGGCCGGGGGAGGAGUACGAUUGGUUUCAUCUGGUGGGGCUCCUGCACGACCUUGGCAAAGUCAUGGCCUUGCCGAAGAUGGCGGGCAAGGACACGUUGCCGCAGUGGGCCGUGGUUGGAGACACCUUUCCCGUCGGCUGCGCCCCAGACGAGGAUGCUAUCGUCUUUCCUGAGGCAUUCCGCGAGAAUCCGGACUAUGCCCACCCGGUCUUUGGCACGAAGAACGGAAUGUACCAACCGGGCUGCGGCAUCACGAAGCUCAUGUUCUCCUGGGGCCACGACGAGUACAUGUACCAGAUGCUGAAGUUCAAUGGCUGCACCAUCCCUGAGCAUGGCUUGAACAUGAUCCGCCUCCACUCCUUCUACCCUUGGCAUGACAAGGGGGCCUAUCGCCAGUUCGAAAGCCCCGAAGAUGCCGAGACGAAGAAGUGGGUGAAGGAGUUCAACAAGUUCGACCUUUAUUCGAAGGCGGAUGCCGUGCCGGAUAUGGAGAAGCUCAAGCCAUACUAUGCGUCCCUCCUCAAGAAGUACAAUUUGGACGGCAAGCUCCGGUGGUGA